UUUACUUAAUCUAAAACAUUUAUCUCUUGUGCCGCACACACAGUUUAUCUCUCAUCUUACCCUCUCAAAGACUCAAACUAUCAAAAUCACAAAUUCUUACAUCUCAAUCCACCAUAAACCUGCAUUAUCUAAUUCUCUGGUGAUCAUACCACAUAAAUUUAGGCUUUAACUCUCGAUCUUUCCUCCUCCCUCACUCUCUCAACAACCUCUCUUUCCCUCAAAGCCCCAAACCAGACGACCCACGAACACACACACACACCGUUACCGGCGAGGAUAAAAACUGAAAAUGAAUCUUUGAUGAACGGAAAAUUUCCACCAACGCCUGCUCCUCCGUUUACAGUACGGUGCGCUCAAUGUUCUAAGUGUGGGUCAUCGGAGAUCGACAAUGGAAAUGACGCAAUAUCGGGUUCGAGUGAGAAUGUGAGAUAAAUGGUCAGGAUGAUAUGGAGAAAGCUGAUAAUGUCGUUUUGCAUAAAGUUUUCUAUAUUUUGUAUCCCAAAGGUUAUUAUUUGUUGCAAAUUGUAGGUUGAAUUUUGACUCUCUUUGAUUUGUAUAUGAGAAUUACUUUUUAAUUGUUGCUGUACAUGGCUUUAUUCAAUUGCAGGUUUAUUUUUUUUAUUUUAAAUUCGGGUACCCUCUGAUUCGAACCGAGAAUGUCGGGUACCCGUUACCGAAUUUCGCGGGUCGGGUCAUGGGCUGAGCAUUUGACUACCCGUAAAAGCGGGUACCCGCCUCUUCAGGUACCCGAAAAGCCGGGUACCCGGUUGUGAACAGCCCUAUAAUUGCGUUAUAUUCUUCCCCCAAAAAAAUCCAUUGAGAUAUAAAAAUACUCCCUUCAUAUUUCUUCACUUUAGGUGAAAUUUCUGUGUUCUGGGUUCUGCUAUAUCCAAAGCUUUAACAUCUAAAGCUUCAGGUUUUCGGGAAUUUCAAUUGGGAAAAUUGCUCCAUUGGUUUGUUUAGUAUGCUGCUUGAAGAAAUAUAAGAGUUUUAGGGAAAGAAGAGAAGUUUAAUUAGGACAAAUUAGUUGCAGAGUGAAAGAAUGAGCCAAAAGAGACCACCCCCUGAUCCAAUUGCUGUGCUAAGAGGGCACCGUGCGUCGGUUAUGGAUGUUUGCUUCCAUUGGAGUAAACCCUUGUUGUUUUCUGGUUCUUCUGAUGGUGAGUUAAGGAUAUGGGACACAGCACAACACCGGACAUUAUACUCUGCGUGGGUUCACAGUGCAGCUCAUGGGAUUAUGUGUGUUGCUUCCGAUCCUUCUAUUGGAGGUGACAAAGUUCUUAGUCAGGGCAGGGAUGGAACAAUAAAGUUGUGGGAUUUUGAAAAUGGAGGACUUUCCAGGACACCCUCGGUCACUAUCAGCACAAAUUCUUACCAUUUUUGCAAGCUAUCAUUGGUGAAAAGGCCCGCUGUGAAGUUGAAGCCUACUGAACCUUCCAUUAAGGAGCAGGAUGUGGAUUGUAGUGGGGAUAUGGAUGCAAACUCAUUGUGUGAUUCUACUAAGAAGACAGUAGAAAAUCAACCAGAACAUUCAGAUGAUAUGCAGAUUGAAGGACCAAAAUACGUUGCAGUUGCAGGAGAACAACCCUCUCAGGUUGAGAUUUGGGAUCUCAAUACUGCAGAAAGGUGUACGAGAAUUCCUCAAAGUUUUUCAAAUGGAGUUGGGAGUGAUUCCGAAAACAUGAGAGGAAUGUGCAUGGCCGUUCAAGCGUUUGUACCAUCUAAAUGCCAAGGGUCCUUACAUAUCUUGGCUGGUUACGAGGACGGGACUAUGGCAUGGUGGGAUAUGAGGAACACCUCAAAACCCUUGACUUCUGUAAAGUACUAUUCAGAACCAGUUAUUAGCUUGGCAGUUGAUCAAUCAUGCCAAGGAGUUGUUGCCGGCGCUGCAGACGACAAGAUCCUUCUGUUUAAUUCAGAUUAUGAUAUGGGUACUUGUGUGGUCAGGAAAGAAAUUAGCUUGGAGCGACCUGGAAUAGCAGGCACUUCUAUUCGGCCAGAUGGUAAAAUUGCUGCUACUGCUGGAUGGGACCGCAGAGUCAGGAUAUACAACUAUCGGAAAGGAAAUGCUCUUGCUAUACUCAAGUAUCACAGUGCAUUGUGCAAUGCAGUGUCAUUCUCUAGGGACUCUAAGCUGCUUGCAUCUUCAUCAGAAGACACCACAGUUGCUCUAUGGGAGCUUUAUCCACCUCAGAAACACUGACUGAAUCGAAGUGGUGCAAUAGGUUAUUUUAGUAAUCAACUAAUCAAGUCCGAUCUCCCAGCUGUUCUCUUUGUUAAAACGAAUGUCUUACAAUAGGUGAUUAAGUACUACAGACUACAGAGUAUUUACUAGUGAUGAGUUGUUUUUGUAUAUAAAUUAGUUACCCUGUAUUUUGAAAUUAUGUAUUUUUUUCGUAACAACUAAUUUACUCUUA